AUGGCAACGCCGCGUGCGCCUGCCCGUGCAGAACAGUCCGCGACCACAGCAGCUGCGGCACUGUCACACCAGGCGGCUCAACUAUCCUCUUUUUGCAGCACACUAGCACCAGUAGAAGUGCCAGCGGUAGGAGCAGCAGAAAGCACACACCAGUCAGGAGCUUGCCGAGGAGCCGUAAUGCAAAAGCCCUGUGCCUUAGCCCUCAAGCGCAAAGGCUUCCCUGCUGUCACUGAAACAGCUGCCUCCCAAGAAACGUUUUCUGACGGAUACAGCGGCGUUGCAACGAUUGUUCGGCAGGGGCUGACACUGAGAGCAGACUGCCAGCCCUUUAGUAAGUUCCUGCCCACUAGACAGUCAGCAGAGCCAGCGCUCGAUAGACUGGCAUCCGAAGAAGGGGCUUCAUCUUCAGCAUGUGGUGCAAGCACGUCAGCUCAGGCUGCUGCAGCAAUGCUCGGGAUACCUGCGAGCCUGGGGGGCCCAGGCUUCUCAUGCAAGGCAAUCAGCAGAGGCGCGUUGGCGGCAAGCACGCGUCGAGGCGCAGUUGGUCGAGGUCCGCAUACUGCUAUGGAUAUGGAAGGCAGGGCCCUGGUCACAGAGCACUCAGGGUUGGUGGUAAUUAACACAUACUGUCCAGCAAGUGGCUUCUGCUGGGACCGGCUCGCCUUCAAAAUGCACUUUCUUCACGGGCUUCGGGCCGUGAUGCUUCAUCAGAGACUGCUUCGGCGCAAGCCUGUGGUGUUAAUGGGGGACCUAAACGCAACCACAAGCUGCAAAGAUGUUUCUCUUCUCGAUGCGACGGUCAAUAUUCGAGGCCUCUGGCCACCACCCUCCCCAGAGGAGGGAGCAGGCGACUGGCAGCCCUGCGAGGCCCUCUCACCUUCGCUGCAAAGGAAGCUGCUCGCAGGGGGGCCCCUUGUCGAGCGCUUGUUGCGCGAUCCGCAGUACCAUGAAGUAAGGCAUUCCCCUGGGGGGAUCGCGAAGAAGGAGCAGCACCACCAGCAGGCUCGACAGCCGCAAGUAAACGUCGGCAGGAGGCGGCAAGGGGCUUUUCGGUUUUUCCUGAAGCCUCCGGGUGCUCGUCCCCGGCAGAUAGGACGGCCCUUCGACUCGGAAGAUGAGGCCCGCAUGCGCUUGUCCCUCGAUGCUUGGAGAGUCCCCGUAACUCCGGAGUCGCGAAUAGGUGCAUCCACGCCUGCGCAGCCCGUCCCCGCUAGAGCUGCCACGCCUGUUGUUGCUGUGAGUCCCACAACGCAGUGGCCAUGCCUUAGUGGAACUGCGCACCACGAUGUAGACAGUGUGCUGUUGCCUUCGCUUCAGCCCGACGGGGAAGGAGGCACAAGUUGGAUCUGCAAGGAAGCGAACCGGCUCUCUCUGCUGCACCUUGCAGACUGUUUCACCGCUGUGCAGGUCCCUUUGACAGAUGAUGAAGUUUACCAGCUGUACAUACACUUGGGGCUCCCAAGCCACUCCUCCUGCGUCGCAAACUUCAUGCAGAGCCUUAUGAGAGAGGAUGGAAUGAUUGAUGCAUUUGCCGCCGCAGCCAACGGAAGCAGCAAGGGGCCUAGUGGCGCGACACCUCUGUGGGUUGGAGCUUUCACUGCUUGGGACCAGUACACCAACAAACGCUAUACGAAUGAGGUACCUGCCUUGCUGUACGUUUUCGUUGGGGGCGCGCAUAGACUUUGUGCUUCUCGACGCGGAGCUCGUGGCGUCACUGCAGCCGCUGCAGCUGUACAGCGUGCCACAGCUGGGGGCCUCUGGGUGGGAGCGCCGCGUGACGGGGGCGGUCUCCAGGCAGCCGUCCCCUUGCGCCUGCGUACUGCCGGACCCGAUGAGCUUCAAGCACUCCUGUAUAAAUCAAUGCUGAUUGACGUUGAACAUAGCGGCCUGGUGUACCUGUCCCCACUCUACAGCGACCAUAUUGCAGUGAGGUGCGUCUUAAGGCAUGCGCGGCAGCCGCGGCGUAUGAAGGGCCUGUGUCACUCGCAAGACAGCAGCACGGAUCGAGAGAGUAGCGCCACUUCAGCGGGAGCUCCGGCCUCAGCAGUGGCAGCACAGGAGUCUCUCUUGGGCCCGUGCGUCUUAAAGGAUGACCCGUGUACCAAGAAAGCGCAGCCCCAAAGGAAAUGGAGAGGCCUGGGGUCUUUCCUCAAGCCGUGGCGGUCGCUAAAAUCCGCCGUAGUGGAAGAUCCUGCGGACAAGGUAUUGAAUGAGAACCCGUGCUGCAAUAAUGGGCCCUUGGGUGCCCUCGUGCAGCAGCGGCAGCAUGGGAGGAAAACUAUGCACGACAGAUCCCACAAGGACUUGGGAGGGCUACAACAACAGACAAGAGAGCUCGACACUGCAGAAGCAGCGAAGAAAGCACCCACUCAUGUAGUUGUACUGGAUGACUGUCCCUCGGACGCUGUAGAGGUUGUAGGUGUCCCGGUGGCAACAGAGCCUAGUGUGUCGCGAAAGGGCCAUCGAACAUGCACUCAGGGCAGCUGCAGCACCUCCUUUGCGGAGGGCAUUGAGUGCAGUAGCGACAGUUGCAGUCCGACCUCCAGAACAAAGGUUCUGCGACCUAACAGGAGCGCAGAGAGUACGGGAGGAAGGCAGGAUCGCGUCGCAGCAGCCACAGCAUAUUGUGCAGUCGAGUUUGCAGGUGCCAAAAUGUGUGAGCCCGUAGUCACACCGAAAUAUCCCAGUGGGCCAGAACUUUCUCACACACGCGUGCAGAGAAUCUAUGCGGCUCACAUGACCAGCAAUAUUGCCACGUCUAAACGACCUAGCAGCAACAGCAGCACAGGCCGGAACAAAAGAACUAGGGCACACGCUGGCAGAAAUCAGACGGAUUUACGGAGCUUCUUUCAAUUGCCGAAGGAUUAG